ACCCUUACCAAGCAUACAUGCUCUUUGUCUCCUUUUUCAGAGUAUACUGAUGAUAAUGCCCUGAUUCCCAAGAACUCAUCUGUUAUUGUCAGAAGAAUACCUAUUGGUGGAGUAAAAUGUACAAGCAAAACAUAUGUAAUAAGUCGAACUGAACCAGUGAGUGGACCUUCAAAAGCAAUUGAUGACUCUUCUGCAUCUAUUUCUCUGGCCCAGCUUACAAAGACCGCCAAUCUGGCUGAAGCCAAUGCUUCUGAAGAAGAUAAAAUUAAAGCUAUGAUGUCACAGUCUGGCCACGAAUAUGAUCCUAUCAAUUACAUGAAGAAACCUCUGGGGCCGCCUCCGCCAACAUAUACUUGCUUUCGUUGUGGAAAACCUGGUCAUUAUAUAAAGAUCUGCCCGACCAAUGGGGACAAAAACUUUGAGUCUGUUCCCAGGAUUAAAAAGAGCACAGGAAUUCCACGAAGUUUCAUGAUGGAGGUACAGGACCCUAAUACAAAGGGCGCUAUGCUCACCAACACAGGGAAAUACGCCAUCCCAACUAUUGAUGCGGAGGCUUACGCUAUUGGGAAGAAAGAGAAGCCCCCGUUCCUUCCGGAAGAGCCAUCUUCCUCCUCUGAAGAAGACGACCCUAUCCCAGACGAGCUCUUAUGUCUGAUCUGCAAAGAUAUUAUGACUGAUGCCGUCGUCAUUCCCUGCUGUGGGAACAGCUACUGCGAUGAAUGUAUCAGAACAUCAUUACUCGAAUCCGAGGAACAUACCUGCCCUACUUGUCAUCAGACAGAUGUUUCACCUGAUGCUUUAAUUGCCAAUAAAUUUUUACGCCAGGCUGUAAAUAACUUCAAAAAUGAAACUGGCUACACAAAGAGGCUCCGGAAGCAGACCCAGCUGCCUAGACAGGCAGUUCAGCGGAAUGUUCCUUCCACCCCAAGAUCCAUGGGCUCCAGGCAGCAGGAUCCCCUCAUAAUUCCAACCACUUCUGCCCCCGGACACACAGCUGUCUCCCUCACCUUGUCAAUAGCUCCCAGUCAGUCAGCUUCGUCAGCAGCCACGUUGCCCAUAAGUCAGCCUGCUGCUGCAUCCACUAGUGACGUUCCUGCAUCCAUAUCGAUGGCAGUUCGAGGUGAUAAACCAGAAGGACCUUUCCGUGAUGAUGAUAACAUUGGACCAGCUGCUGCUACAUUAUCUGCCUCAGAUCACACAAAACCACCUUCAUUGGCAAUUAAUCCUUUGAUGGAGGAAAAGGGCUAUCAGGUUCCUGUGCUUGGACAGCCAGCCUUGUCAGGGCAGCUGGGCUCUCAUGGGCAUUCCAUACCUACCAUGGGUCAGCCAGUGAGAACCAACCCUGUUCGCUCUGCAGGCAGUAGGUCAAGCUGGGAGCCAAGUUCAAACCGAGGACGCCCGCAUAGUGACCGUACACAAAGGACUCAGGCCCCAACAUUGCCAGCCUCAACCCCAGUCUUUGUGCCGGUGCCGCCUCCUCCCUUGUAUCCUCCUCCUCCGCCACCUCCUCAUGCCCUUCCUCUUCCACCGGGGGUGCCUCCGCCACAGUUUCCUCCUCAGUUUCCACCGGGCCAACCUCCACCUGCCGGGUACACUGUCCCCCCUCCGGGAUACCCCCCGGCUCCAGCAAACAUAUCAACACCUUGGGUACCAACACCUGUACCAACGGCUCACUCAAAUGCCAUCCCAACGACACAGGCACCUCCUUUAUCUAGGGAGGAGUUUUACAGAGAGCAGCGGAGACUGAAAGAGGAGGAAAAGAAAAAGUCGAAGCUUGAUGAAUUUACAAAUGAUUUUGCUAAAGAACUGAUGGAAUAUAAAAAAAUCCAGAAAGAACGCAGGCGUUCUUACUCCCGGUGCAAAUCGCCCUACAGCGCAUCUUCCUAUUCAAGAAGUUCCUAUAGCUACUCCAAGUCAAGAUCCGGUUCCUCUCGUUCCCGAUCGUACUCUCGGUCCUUCAGCCGAUCCCACUCCCGGUCCUAUUCUCGCUCGCCCCCCUACCCACGGAGAGGCCGGGGUAAGAGUCGCAAUUACCGUUCCAGGUCGAGAUCCCACGGCUAUCAUCGCUCGAGAUCUCGGUCGCCGCCCUACAGAAGGUAUCACUCACGAUCAAGGUCCCCGGUGUACAGAGGCCAGUCUCCCAAUAAGCACCCCGUUCCCCAGGGAGAAGGGGAAAGAGAGUACUUUGGUCGCUAUCGAGAAAUGCCCCUUUAUGACAUGAAGGCCUACUAUGGCAGAUCGGUGGAGAUGAGAGACCCCUUUGAGAAGGAGAGGUACCGCAAUUGGGACUGCUACAGAGAUUGGUGUGAGAAAUAUGAGAAGUACUGCAAGGGUUUUGCCGCUGGGGCCCAGCCUCGCCCCCUGCUUAACAGAGAGAACUUUUCCCCAGAACGGUUUGGCCUUUCUGGGCCAAGGCGCGAGAAUUCCCCCUAUAUCCGUGGCCGUAGAGAGGAAUACCCUGGCGGGCUAGGCCAUCGAAAUCGAAACAUCGGCAGUGGCUACUCUGAAAAGGUGACAGCGAGAGAAGGUCACGGUUUGAAAGAUAUGCCGAAACUGAAAGAGAAGGAGGUGGAAAACCCACCGGGAGAUGUGAAGGGAAACAAACACAAGAAGCACCGGAAGAGAAGAAAGGGAGAAGAGGGGGAAGGCUUCCCAAGUGCUGACCUGAUGGAAGGCUCCCGGAAGCCCAGGGACCCUGCCGCCGCGGCGGAAGAGAGCAAACCUGACCCACUCUUUGUGCUUUCUAGCAGGGAUGAUGCUACCCCUGUCAGGGACGAGCCCAUGGAAGCAGACUCAGUGGCUUUUAAACCCGUUUCGGACAAAGAAAGGAAAGAGAAGCCAAAGGCCAAAGUUGAAAAGACAAAACGGAAAACAGAAGGUCCUGCCGCAACCAAGAAAGAGGUGCAGGUGAAGCCGGCCAAAGCACCCCAGGAAAAAGCAGAAGCUGAUCGUGAAAAAUCGCCACGGCCUGACCCUCCUGCAAAAAAGGUGAAAGAGGAGCCGGCCAAAGCUGAUGGUACAAAGCCGUCCUCUCAAAAAGAUGAGAAGCCACUUAGUACACCACGCAAAGUGAAUUCCCGUGGUGUAAAAGAGCCUCCAGAGACUAGAUUGGCCAAGGAGGAGAAAGUCAAGAAAGAACACCCCAAGGAAAUUAAGCAGGAGAAGCAGCCCAGCAAAGAGGAAAAGUUAAAGAAGCCCAUCGACAAAAAUAAACCAGCAGAUGCAAAAUCAGAGAAAAGAAAAAGAAAAGUGGAGGAGAAAGGAGAUAAAGACCCUGAAAUCAUCUCUUCAAAAACUUCGAAACAAGAUGUUACAGAAUUGAAACCUUUGCCUAAGGGGAAAACUGAGCCAGAAGGUGAAAAAGCAGAGAGGACCCCUGAAAAGGACAAAGCGGUUUUGCCUGUCGUUCCGGCAAAAAAGAUUAAGCUGAACAGAGAAACUGGCAAAAAGAUUGCCGGCACCGAGAACAUCCCUGGUGUGAAAGAAGUUUCAGCUGAGAAACCUGAGCCAGCCGGUAGCAAAACGAAGCAAGAAAAACCCAAAGGAAAGCUGAGGAGGAAAAUGGCAGCAGCUGACGGGUCUGGUUCCACACUGGUGGAUUAUACCAGGUACCCUGUAAGGAAGUCCGAAGAUAAACUAGACACAAAGCGAACGGUCAUCAAGACAAUGGAAGAGUACAACAAUGACAUUACAGCCCCUGCCGAAGAUGUUAUCAUCAUGAUCCAGGUUCCACAGUCCAAGUGGGACAAAGACGAUUUUGACUCGGAAGAGGAAGAGGACAAUGUUAAACCCGCCCAGGUUCCUUCUGCUGCUGGGAAACCUACUAGUGUUGUCAAAAAUGUCAGCAGCUUGAAGCCCUCCAGCUCCCUCAAAUACAGUGAGAAGGAUCCUGAGCAUGUAGAGAAAAACCAGAGAGCAGCAACAAAAGAAACUGGGCGUGAAAGCUCGCAGCCUGAGCCCAAGAGUUCCAAAAGCCUGACAUCAAAUGAAAAAGGGAAAGCCAGAGAGAGAGACCACACGACCUCGGAGAGGGAGGCUUUGGAGAAAAGGAAGAGCGGGGCCCAGCCUGAAAAAGAGCGUUCUGAACACAGUGCCGAGCAAGGCGCUGUAAAGAGCAGCUCUUCCCACUCGUCCAGAGAGAACAGGGGUCCCGAUAAGCAUGAUGCUGCUACUGCUGCUGCUCACACGUCCUCUGCUAAAGACUUCACUCCAAACCGGGACAAAAAAUACGACUACGAUAGCAGCAGUAACAGGGACUUUUCAGGUGCUAAGCGAAGAGAUGACAGGAGUGAUCCGGCACGGAAGAAGAUCUCCCCUUCCCGUACCCGGGAUUCUGCCACGUCUGGCCUGAAGAGUAGUAAGACCAGGGAAGAGAGAGCAGAACAGACCAAGAAGGAUCCCUGGGAUGUGAAGUGGAGCAGUUACAGUCCCACAAGGGAGCGAAGGCAGAACGAUCACAAAACGACGUAUGAGUCCAGGCGCUCCGCAGAACAGCACAAGUCUCAGGAAAGGGGAUUAGGCAAAGAAAGGGAGAAGCGCCCAUCCUCCGAGACCUGGAGCAGUAAAGAGAGGACGAUGGGUGGGAGCAAGUCCUUACACAGGCGGCCUUCCCCGGAGGCGAGGGAGCCAGGGGCCCUUCAGAAUGACAAGAGUGGAGCCAAGCCAAAGCCUCAGCCGAGCCACUUUUCCCGGCUCUCCUCGGACCCAACACGGGAAACCGACGAGGCCGCGUUUGUCCCAGACUACAAUGAAAGUGACAGCGACAGCAAUGGAUCAGCCAAACCGGAAGAUUCCCCAGGGAAGAACGCAAGGGAUGGAAAGGAGAGGGCCACCGACAAGCCUGUCAAAGAGGCCCCUGCGGCGGGAGCGUUGGCUACCCAGCCCGGGGGGAGCCAGAGCCAAAGCAGCCCCAGCCCGAGCCGCAGCCAAAGCCCCUCCGGAAGCCAGGGGCGGAGCCGCAGCAGCAGCGCCAGCAGCGCUGACAGCCAGGACAGCAAGAAGAAGCGGAAAAAGAAGGAGAAGAAGAAGCACAGGAAGCACAAGAAGCACAAGAAACACAAGAAGCAUGCUGGCACCGAGUCCGAGGCCGAGAAGAGCCAAAAACACAAACACAAGAAGAAGAAGUCAAAGAAGAGCAAAGACAAGGAGAAAGAGAAGGAGAGAGACGACCAAAAAGCAAAACCUGUCACUGUCUAGAAAGGGCCGAGGGGAGGCCAGGCGACGGACUUGACCAAGUCACCUGUCGGAAAUUUUGCUAUAAUAUAAACACAAGCCUUGUAAAUAAUGCCAUGACAGGCCCUGUGGCUGCACUUACACAAUUGCUGCUUGAUUUGAUUUUUACAUCAGAGCUUUAUAAAGUGAACAUUUUGUACAGACUUGUGAGUUGUGACCAUGUAAUAGGGGGGAGGGGAGGCCAGAGGGUUUUUAAUUUUAUUUUAUUUUUAUUUGGGGGCAUCUUAUUUUUAACCACCAUUAAAUUAGUUUGGGUGAAGUUUACUGUACUGUGAAAAAUUUCACACUUAAUUUUUUUAAAAAUUGCCUGUCAGAAAAAGUUUUAAAAGCUGGUAUUGGCUUACAAAUAUCAGCUGGAGGACUUAAUAAGAAAGCAUUACAGCCCUGUUCUGUUACUUUUGGAUUACAAUAAAAAAAAUUCAUUGAACCUUAA